AUGUUGCUGCGGGGCGAUUUGGGAAAGUUGCCGCGGUUCCCUGAAUUGUUGACCUGGUCUCUCCCUCCUCUUCACACUCAGUUCACUGCAAAUAAAAAACAAAUAAUAUUAAGAACUAAGCAGAGUUAUAAUGGUUGCAGCACCCUUUGCAGGGAAACCCGUCUACUCUGGCCACAUGACCACCCCAUUUGUGCGUUGGAUAGCUGCGGUGUUCCAUGUAACGAAACCGUAGUGUGGAAUUUUGUAAAGAGCUUUCAAAGACGCCCAUACCGCGCCAAAGCAGAGGACUACAGGGCCACCAUCGGACAAGCCCCUGACAGUGCCUCGAAGCCACCGGAGACCCUCAGCUACGUGGAGUUUUCUCUAAUGAUGUUGGCGUUGGCACGACAACAGUACUUACUUGCGGUGGAAUAUCCCCUAUGUUAUUAUUGA